CGCAACACUUUUUAUUUUUAUGGACUUUCAGGCGAGGAUCCUAAGAUAUACUAUACAGAUGCAUACAACGCGCACAAUACUGCGCAGGGUCUUGUACUGCCAUGUAUUGUGCUGGCUGCGAGCUGCGAGAUGCCUCAUUUUCCACUGGGAUCUCGACGAGUGAAUACGGAGCUGCUAUUGACAAAGUAAGAUAUUUUUUAUAUCUGAAGAAACGCUUUAAAAAUUACGUGUUCAAGUAUGGAUCAGCGCUUAUAUAUUCUGUGAUUUUAAUCGUUUCGCAAUAUAUAAUUGAGAAAAAAGAAUGCGUGAAGCAAUGGAAAACGGUAUAUUGAACGUGGGACACGUGGCCAAGCGCCUUACAGCAGAGGAGAUCGAUAAAAUGGAGGCACAAAAUUCCCGCUUAGUAUCCGCAUUUCGUGCGAAUCAACUCGAAAAAGACGCAAAGAAGCACUGGGAUUUAUUUUAUAAGCGAAACGAUACUAGAUUUUUCAAAGACAGACACUGGACCAUGCGGGAAUUUGAAGAGUUGCUCGGUGGCUUGGGUAGCAUGGAGAGCCAAAAUGUCCUCCUCGAAGUCGGCUGCGGCGUUGGAAAUCUUGUGUAUCCCUUAAUAGAAGAUGGGGCGAAAUAUUCAAAAAUAUUCGCAUGCGACAUAUCAUCAAAGGCGAUAGAAUUACUCAAGAGCCACACGUUGUUCGAUGCAGAAACAAUAGAAGCCUUCCAAACUGAUGUUACAUCAGAAACUUGUUUUUCCAAGAUUGAUUGUUCAAUUAAUAUUGCCACUCUUAUUUUUGUGUUAUCAGCUAUUCAUCCCAAUAAAUUUUGCAAAGUUGCUGAAAAUAUACACAGUGUUCUUGGUAGUGGAGGAAUAUUGCUAUUUCGAGAUUAUGGAUUAUAUGAUAUGGCUCAAUUACGUUUCAAACCUGGACAUAAGAUUAGUGAAAACUUUUAUAUGAGACAAGAUGGAACUAGAAGUUAUUAUUUCUCGGUAGAGGAGGUAACAAAUAUAUUUGAGUCUGUUGGUUUUCAAAUACUGGAUUGUAGUUACAUACAGAGACGUACAGUGAAUUUAAAGGAAAACAUUGAUGUGCCGAGGAUUUUUGUGCAAGCGAAAUUCAAGAAAUCUUGAUAAUAUAACAUGGAGAAAAUUGAACCACGUCCAGCCGAAUAAAGCUGCUGCUGUAAUUUAUAUUUGGCAGUGCAAUAUGUAACACCAAAGAUGAUGUUAACAACAUCAUAUAUUUCAACUUGAUAAUACUGUGGAUGAGUAAUAUGUGACUGAGCUAUAAUAAAUUUUUAAACCAGGCAGAUAUAACAAAAUAUUUGUUUUUUAGUCACGUGAACACGUCAAAUUGAAUCCGUUCUAAGUUAACAAUCGUUGCUCAAAAUGGUAUGAGCGGUAACGUCAACGGCGCACAAGUGCAAGACGAAAUAUACACAAUUUGUUGAAGUACAAUGAAGUACAACGUAGCAUGGACAUCGUGGAGGCAGCCGAAUUUAUUAAUUAAAAUAUUAAAGUAUCUUUGUCUUAAUUUUAUGAAUUAUAUGCUCAUUAUUACAUAUA